AUGAAUUUGGCAGNNACAGCGAAGACUGAAGUCGUUUUUGUUUCAUUCGAGACCUUGAAUAAACCGAAGGAUGUUGGCGUCUUUGUCAAGGCGUGGGAGAAUGGUGUGCAGCAGGUUCAGAAAGAAGUCAGUGCAUUGAUUGCGAAGGCAACUCAGACACAACAGCGUAAGUUCUUGGAGAUCAUACUGGCGAUAAACAGCUACUCAUGGUGUUCGGACAGGCNNAAGUUACUGAUCAUCGAUAACCUGAACACAUUGGCCUCGGAUCCAUCGACGGCAGCAAAUCUCCCAGCACUUCUAUCUUCCUUUCUCUCACCUACAGUAUCACUGGUUGCGGUCUACCAUGCUGAUAUCCCUAUUCCGCCGAGCAUAUCCUCAGCUUCACCCUACACGCCCCAACCAUUGACAGUCCUCAAGUAUUUGGCUACUACCAUCCUAAAUACUCACGCACUCAAUCACAUCCUCGCCGCAAAAGCAGCUCGCGAACGCAGUGUCGCCGAACCUGUCUUCGGUCUCGCCGAAGAAACUGAAGGUGUACUUCUCGGUCUCGGUGGCAAUUCGCCAUCUGGAUUGGUGCUUGAGAUGGAGUACCGCCGCAAGUCCGGACGCGGUGUGCGAGAGUGGUACUUCCUACCUCACCCUGCAUUGCAGAAGCAGGAAGCUGUUGGAGUCAAAAACAGAUUCAGCGAGACGGUCAUGUUGUUGGAAGAUCAUGUACUAUAUCGUAGACCUGCUGAGGAAAAGGAGCAGGCUGGAGAUGAUAUGGAUGUUACGUUCGAAUUGGGUCUCACGGAUAGGCAGAGGCAGGCUAGAGAGGGUGUUGUGUUGCCAUACUUCGAUGCGCAGAAAGGCGGUGGCGAGGGUGGCAGGAUUUUGUAUGACAUGGGCGAGGAAGAUGACUUCGACGAGGAAGAAGAUGAGAUCUAG